CUUUUGGUCUAUGUCUUCUUCUUCUUCAUCAUCAUCAUCUUCUUCCGCACGAUUUCAGUCCGCCAGUGUAACCUUUGUUCAAUCUCUCGCAUUUGCCUCUCUAUUCUUCGUUACUGCUAUAUUUUCUCCUCGAUUUAUCCUCUAGGGUUCUUAUUGAUUUCCGCCCUUUCUGUUUUUAGAAUCUUGCUCCCUUCGUCUCCCUCCUCCUCCUCCUAGGGUUUUCUUCCAUUCGAUUCCCCCAACCCCGUCUGCGAUUUCUUCUUUUUUUGCCCAAUUUUACGGUGCCUCAUUUAGAUUCUUACAAAUUUGUAUUUUGUUAGAUUAGCUAAGGUAGAUCGAAUCUUCUUUAUUAGGUUCUCGGUAGCUUAUUAGAUUUUUUGAAGCCGCGAUAGAUAGAUAACAACGGUGGUUGCUUAAUAGCAACCGUUAAAUAGCAAAAACGUAACGGGUUGGUAAAAAAGGUCUUUGAGAGAGAGGUUUCCUCCGAAGUCGGUGACUGUAACGGGAGAGACCUAAUUUUUUUUUGUUUGCAUGGGUGAGCAUGAUUCAUGGGCGGCUUCUCCGCCGUCACCACCUACUCUCUUAUUUCCCAACGGUUUAUUGCCGGGCAAAGCUGCAUCUGUCACAAGGCCGCUCGAUGCUGAGCGAUGGGCUAAGGCUGAGGAUAGAACUGCUAAGCUCAUUGCUUGUAUCCAGCCUAAUCCGCCUUCAGAAGAUCGCCGCAAUGCUGUUGCCAGUUACGUUAGGAGGCUUAUCACCGAAUGCUUCCCUCAAAUUCAUAUCUUUACUUUUGGAUCUGUACCUCUCAAGACUUAUUUGCCUGAUGGAGAUAUCGACUUAACUGCUUUUAGCCCUAACCAAAAUCUUAAGGAUUCUUGGGCGAAUUUGGUUCGCGAUAUGCUGGAAAAGGAAGAGAAGAAUGAGAAUGCUGAAUUUCAUGUCAAAGAAGUCCAGUAUAUCCAGGCUGAAGUAAAGCUAAUUAAGUGUUUGGUGGAGAAUAUUGUGGUGGAUAUAUCAUUCAAUCAGAUUGGAGGGCUGUGUACAUUGUGCUUCCUUGAGGAGGUUGAUCACUAUAUUAACCAGAACCAUUUAUUCAAGCGUAGUAUUAUAUUGAUUAAAGCCUGGUGUUACUACGAGAGCCGUAUAUUGGGAGCUCACCAUGGGCUUAUUUCAACAUAUGCCCUGGAAACCUUGGUUCUUUACAUAUUCUAUCUUUUCAACAACUCAUUUUCUGGACCCCUUGAGGUCCUCUAUCGUUUUCUUGAGUUCUUUAGUAAGUUUGACUGGCAGAAUUUUUGUCUUAGCCUCUGGGGCCCUGUUCCUGUUAGUUCACUACCAGAUGUAACAGCUGAGCCUCCUCGAACGGAUGUUGGAGAGUUACGAGUUAGUGAAGCAUUUUAUAGAGCUUGUAGUAGAGUUUAUGCAGUUAAUAUAGCUGCCCAAGAGACACAGGGGCAGCCUUUUGUUUCCAAACAUUUCAAUGUUAUAGACCCUUUGCGUGAGAACAACAACCUUGGACGCAGUGUCAGUAAAGGUAACUUCUUUAGGAUACGAAGUGCAUUUACCCUUGGUGCCAAGAAGUUGGCUAGGUUACUUGAUUGCCCUAAGGAGAAUUUGAUCUAUGAGGUUAACCAAUUUUUUAUGAAUACAUGGGAAAGACAUGGCAGUGGUCGACGUCCUGAUGCUCCUGGAAAUGACUUAUGGCUAUCAAGACUUGGAGAGCCUGAGCCAUAUCAACAAGCUAUAAAUGUUAGUAAUUUUUCAAGCAACCAAAGAAACCAAAAUGCUGCCCGUCUUGGUGGGAUUCAUGGAGCUCGGAGUAUGCCCUCUCAACAGAACAACGGUGGAACAGAAGUUAUAUCUGGAGUAACAUAUCAAACGCAAAAGAGUCGAGGCAACUCUUACCAACCUGCCAAGGAAGUAAACUCCAAUCAAAGUGCUAUAAAUGAUAAGCUUCAGCAAACUGCUAAGCCAGAAAUUGUGGUGAAUAAUUUUCAUGGUAGGCACCUUUUUGCCAGGACCCGGUCUAGUCCUGAGCUUACUGAGACAUAUGGUGAAGCUCUUUUACAAUCACGUCGUAGUAGAGCCCCCGAAGCUGGGAAACGCCAAAGUAAUACCAGGGUUGAUAAUAUCAGGAAGAAGAAUCUGGAGUCUGAAACUUUGUCAAGCAGUGUCAGAUAUUCGGCCGACUCAUCGUCAGUCAGGCAUACUCCAUCUCCUCGAAGUCCUGAUAGUACUGCUGACAUGGGCAGUGCAGUGAACAGUUACUAUGAUGAAUUAGGGUCAGUUUCCGUGAAUGAAGACUUCUCUGUUGCAGGGGAACAGGAAGACCAAGAUUUUGUUAACUCGAUGACAUCUGUUACUGGGCAAGGUUUUAAUGGACACUUUCCUUUCCCUUUUAAUAUCUCAACGGGUCAUUUACCGUUUCCAAUUACACCUUCUAUCUUAGCUUCAAUGGGAUAUGGUCAGAGGAAUGUGCCUGGUAUUGUUCCUUCUAACCUUCCUUUCGUCGAGACACCUUGGAGUACUAAUGUGCAGUUUCCGCAAAACUUUGUUUCUUCACCAUUUACCCAUUAUUUUCCCAGUGGAUCCCACCCAAUGUCAGAAAAGCCAAGCAACCCUGGUAUUGACGACAUGGGGUCUACAGAAGUAAAUGUCGACGAGUCUGACAAUGAUCUGUGGCACGAACAAGAAAGGAGAACUCAUAGUUUUGGACUUGAAAAUGGUGGUUAUCGAAUGCAUCAGGCAGAUGAUAAACAUCUGUCAUCUUCUGCAGAACGCAGUUAUGUACCCUCAAGUAGGAAAAACCGGCCGACAAGGGGAGAUGAUUUAGAAAAUUCACACUCUCCAGUCAGAGGAAGCAGUCAAAUUCAGAGUGAGGAGAGAACUGCAGGCUCUAGAUCUGUGUCUGGUGCUAGUUCCGUCCGAAGCAGGACUUCAUCUGAAAGCUCUUGGGAUGGGUCAACUACAAGGGGGUCAAAGCCAGCUAAAGAUAGACGGAACAGGAAAGUAGUGUCUGGGGCUGCAUCGGCACUGUAUGGAAAAGGAAAGAGUGUUCCUGAGCACUCAAUCCAGAUUGAUGAUGAUAACAGAGAAUGGAUUCCUGUAUCUAGCAAUGAAAUAACAGAUAGAGAUGUGGGGCCUCGUCCUACUGUCCCUUCAUUUCAAGUUCAGAGGAAUCAAAUACAUGGUCAUGAACUAGCUCAGGCAAGUGGAUCAGAGUCUUCAGUGACCCUUGCUCCAUUUCUCCUAGGCGGCAUGCAACAAAACGAGGUUGAUAAUUCUGGAUACACGUUUUAUCCCACAGGGCCACCUGUCCCGAUCGUUGCAAUGCUUCCAAUGUAUAAUUAUCAAGCUGGUGGUAAUGCGCCAUCAGAUGCUCUGGCAAGCCACCACAGUGUGGAUGAAGGAGUAGAGAAUCAUGAUCCGUGUAAAAGUUUUGACUCUUUCAGGGGACUUGAUCAGUCUGAUAUAGUAGCUUCUUCGCACUCCACUAGACUUGGCUCUUCUGCAGAACAAACGGAGCACAAAAUUGAUAUCCUCAAUGGUGAUUUUAUAAGCCAUUGGCAAAAUUUGCAGUAUGGCCGCUCUUGCCAGAAUUCUCAACAUCCGCCUGUGUUGUACCCUGCUCCUGUUGUAGUGCCACCUGCUUAUCUUCAGGGGCGUUUACCAUGGGAUGGUCCUGGAAGACCUCUUGCCUACACCAAUGUUGUAAAUCAACUCAUGACCUACGGACCUCGUCUUGUACCUGUUGCUUCUGUACAACCUGUUUCAACUAGGCCACCCAACAUUUACCCUCGUUACACUAAUGAAACUCCCAGAUAUCGUAGUGGGACGGGGACAUAUUUUCCAAAUCCUAAGAUUUCUCCUAGGGAGCAGCGUCCUACAUCUGGCAUGAGGCGUGGGAAUUAUGGGCAUGACAGAAACGACCAUCACAGCGAGAGAGAAGGGAGUUGGAUUGCUGAUAGAGAUGUGGGGCCUCGUCCUACUGUCCCUUCAUUUCAAGUUCAGAGGAAUCAAAUACAUGGUCAUGAACUAGCUCAGGCAAGUGGAUCAGAGUCUUCAGUGACCCUUGCUCCAUUUCUCCUAGGCGGCAUGCAACAAAACGAGGUUGAUAAUUCUGGAUACACGUUUUAUCCCACAGGGCCACCUGUCCCGAUCGUUGCAAUGCUUCCAAUGUAUAAUUAUCAAGCUGGUGGUAAUGCGCCAUCAGAUGCUCUGGCAAGCCACCACAGUGUGGAUGAAGGAGUAGAGAAUCAUGAUCCGUGUAAAAGUUUUGACUCUUUCAGGGGACUUGAUCAGUCUGAUAUAGUAGCUUCUUCGCACUCCACUAGACUUGGCUCUUCUGCAGAACAAACGGAGCACAAAAUUGAUAUCCUCAAUGGUGAUUUUAUAAGCCAUUGGCAAAAUUUGCAGUAUGGCCGCUCUUGCCAGAAUUCUCAACAUCCGCCUGUUUUGUACCCUGCUCCUGUUGUAGUGCCACCUGCUUAUCUUCAGGGGCGUUUACCAUGGGAUGGUCCUGGAAGACCUCUUGCCUACACCAAUGUUGUAAAUCAACUCAUGACCUACGGACCUCGUCUUGUACCUGUUGCUUCUGUACAACCUGUUUCAACUAGGCAUUGGGGGUCGUCGUAUAGGCAUGAAUCGUCCUCAUAUUCUUCUCAUCAUUCUCAAAACGGUCCAGUUCGCACAAACACAUCACAAGAUGCUUCUGGAAAUAUUGCUUAUGGCAUGUACCGAUUGCCGCCGGGCAUGAAGCAAAACAGUGUGACGUCUUCAGAGGGACACAACGUUCCAUCUGUCAUGAUGAUUUAUCCAUAUGAUCAACACCAUGAGUUUGGGUCUCUUGGACCAGCAGGUGAAGCGCCGCAUUUAAAUGAAGAGGAUCAACCAAGGUUUCGUGGUGGUGCUGCUUCUGCUGCUCAUAUGUCUUCACCUGAUGACCCUUCGUCGCCUCACUUCCCCAGGGGGAAGUAACAUUAAUGCUUGCGCAAGUUUAGCUGCAAUAAACUCAAGAACCUAGAAGAAACUGGAAGAUCACAUCACUAGGGUCUUGGAAAUCAAAAGAAGGCAAAAAAGGUUGAGAAGCCGUGAAAGAAGAGUCAGGACAGGAGAGAGACUUCUGCUCAAGUCUGGCCGUGAGAGCAACAAAGAAGGAAACCAAGUCAAAGAGGAAUCGGUAAGCGACCCAAGCCUGGUUUGUUCUUUGUAUGUACACUACUAUCAAUCAAGCCAUUUACCGCCCAUGAUGCUCGGUUUAAUCAUCAAUUUCAAGGAGACUGCUGCUUGUUUUAGUAAAGCCCAUAUGGAUGAAAAAACGCAGGAACUCUUUAUCUCAGACAUACGGUUAGGUAACGUUUCUCUUUUGGGUUUUUUUAGAUUUCUUUCAAUAGAAAAUGUAACCCUUUUUUUUUUGCCCACAUAGAAACGAUUAGAAUUCAGGGCUCAUCGUCAAUGUUUCUACAAAUUCAAAAAAUGAUUUCUCUAGUAUUUUUAGAAAAAGCAAACAGUACAUUUUUUUAGCUGUA